UCUCACCCACACCAGAAAAAUCAAAAAAUACGUUUCUCUCUUAUAAGAAAUCUCUCUUUCUUUUUUCUUCUCUUCUCCUCUCUAGAUUUGUCGCUUACCUCUAAAUUCUCCGGCGAUGAAUCUCGCCGGGAAAAUGAAUAUUCCGGUAAUCAUUUCCUCUGUUUCCGUCUCUAGUAACGCUAUCUCUGACCAUCGCCGUCACGUGUUCCGUGAAAAUCCUCGCCGAUCCGUCUUCUAGACUUUUCCUAGUAUAUUAUUCUUUGCUUCGUUUUGUGAAAAAAGAAAUGAUCCGCUGAUUGCAGAAGACUGUCUAGGUUUCUUCUGGUUUUAGCUGAGAGGUUUUGUUUAGAUUCUCUGUUUUCUUCUUUGAAUCCGUGGAGAUACCAAAUUUUUGGGACUUUUAUAACGAUUAGUUUUUUGUGGGAGAGAGAUCUGUGAGGUUUUUUGGAGGAGACGGAGUGUAAAUUGAAUUUGAAUUUUCGUCUUCUGUGUUGAAAUUGACUUGGACCAUAAUUGGUGAAGAGAGAGAGAGAGAGAAGUUAGAUCUUCGUCUUUGUUCAGUAAACGAUGCCAUUUACGAUGAAGAUCCAGCCGAUUGAUAUCGAUUCACCUUCCCUAGCUCCAGGCAAACCGGUGCUCAAAUCUCGUCUCAAGCGGUUGUUUGAUCGGCCGUUCACGAACGUACUGAGAAGCGGAACCACCGAGAAACCAUUCGCCGUCGCCGUCGUCACCGGUGAAGCUCAAUGCAAUCCCGUCACGGAGUUCGAGCCGAGCUCCGUUUGUUUAGCGAAGAUGGUUCAAAACUUCAUAGAGGAAAACAACGAGAAGCAAGCGAAAUGUGGACGCAACCGCUGCAAUUGCUUCAACGGCAACAACGAUAGCUCCUCCGACGAUGAAUUAGAUCUGUUCGGAGGUUCGUUCGAUUGCUUCAACGGCGGUUCUCCGUGCGACGCCUCCGAUCAUCUCAAGAGCUUGAUCCAGUGCGCGAGCGUCGCCGAGAGGAACCUAUUAGCCGACGCGGCGAAGAUUGUGGAUAAGAACAAAUCAGUGAAACGGAAAGACGAUAUGAAGAAGAUCGUCAACGAAGGACUCUUAUCUCUUAAUUACGAUUCUUCAAUCUGCAAAUCGAAAUGGGAAAAAUCUCCUUCUUUCCCAGCUGGUGAAUAUGAGUACAUAGAUGUGAUUAUUGGAGAAGAAAGAUUGCUAAUCGAUAUAGAUUUCCGAUCGGAGUUCGACAUAGCGAGGCAGACGAGUGGUUACAAGGCGUUGCUUCAAUCUCUACCGUUCAUCUUCGUCGGAAAAUCUGAUCGGUUGAGUCAGAUCGUGUCGUUGAUCUCGGAGGCGGCGAAACAGAGCUUGAAGAAGAGAGGGAUGCAUUUGCCUCCGUGGAGGAAAGCCGAGUACAUGCGAUCUAAAUGGCUCUCCACUUACGUUCGAGCCUCCGUCGUUGCCUCUGGAAACGCCGAGGAGCCGCCGGUUGCGGCGGCCGCGGCGGUGUCGGAGCUGGAUUGUGCAGAGCUUGAGCUGGUUUUCGAGGAGAAAUCUUUAUCUCCUCCGGUAGUGAUUAAUUCUUCCUCCUCUCCUUUUUCGUCUGUUGUCGACGGCGAUGAUGACGUGGCAAUCCCGACGGUGGAGAGAGAAGUGAAGGCCGUCACCGGAUUAGCUUCACUCUUCAAGGAAAAGCCGUAAUAAAAAAAUUUUGAGUUUUUUUUCCUUUUUUCUAAUUUUCGUUAAUUUCCAAAAGUAAAAACUUGAGGAAAAAAUAUAAUUAAAAAAAAAAUCUAUAUAACAUUACCAUAUUCCUUUUUUUUACCU